AUAUAUAUAAAUCGAAGAGACGAGAGUGCGCGCUGUAGUCUGUUGGCGAAGAUAAACACCCAGAACACCAUUACCUCUGAAAGAAGCCGCGCGCCAUGGCUGAAACUAAGCAGCAGCUUCACAUAGCCAUGUUCCCAUGGUUAGCCUUUGGUCACAUAAUCCCAUCUUUAGAGCUCGGCAAGCUCAUAGCCCGACGAAAGGGUCAUCGUAUUUCCUUCAUAUCCACGCCUAGAAACAUUGAUCGCCUUCCCAAGAUCCCUUCAGAUGUUGCUCCCUUGAUAACUUUGGUGAAGCUUCCCUUACCCCAUGUUGACAACCUGCCGGAGAACGCAGAGGCCACCAUGGACGUACCCCACCACAUAAUUCCAUACCUUAAGAUAGCUCAUGAUGGUCUUCAAGAACCCUUGUCUAAGUUUUUAGAAACUUCGAACCCUGAUUGGAUCAUUCAUGACUUUGCCCCUCACUGGUUACCACCAGUUGCUGCCAGACUUGGAAUCUCACGGGCGUUCUUCAGCAUUUACAACGCAUCAUCCUUGUGUUUCAUUGGACCACCGAAGUGGUUGUCUUCGUCGUCCGGAGCAGCAGACGGGCCCGAUCCAGGUUAUAAACGAACGGAACUUGAGCAUUUCACUGUCCCUCCCAAAUGGGUCCCCUUUCCAUCCAAAAUAGUCUAUCGGUCUUAUGAGGCGAAAAAGCUCUUUGAAAACAUUGACGCGAAUGCCUCCGGUGUUUCGGACUUGUUUCGUUUCAAGAUGGUUUACUUAGGAACCGAAGUCGUGGCUAUUAAAACAUGUAUGGAAGUUGAAGCUGAGUGGUUGAAUCUCUUCGGAGAGCUUCUCCAUAUACCCGUGGUUCCCGUGGGCUUAUUGCCACCCUCGCCACAAGAAGGCAAUGACAAUAAAGAUAACACUUGGGAUACAAUUUCGGAGUGGCUAGACAAGCAAGAAAAAGGGUCAGUGGUUUAUGUAGCACUAGGAAGUGAAAUCCGGCCGAGUGAAGAAGACUUCAACGAGUUGGCUCUUGGGCUUGAGCAAUCUGGGUGUCCAUUCUUUUGGGCUCUAAGAAAGUCAGCCGGUGGGGAGUCAAUUGAGCUACCGGAAGGGUUCGAGAAGCGAACCAAAGGUCGUGGGAUUGUUUGGACAGGCUGGGCACCUCAGUUCAAGAUACUAGGUCACGAGUCGGUUGGGGGGUUCGUGACUCACUGUGGUUGGAGUUCAGUGACAGAGGCAUUCCAGUUUGGACGUGCGCUAAUCCUGUUGCCUUUCAUUGGGGACCAAGGAUUAAUUGCUAGAUUCCUGGAAGAGAGACAAGCAGGAGUUGAAAUUCCCAGGAAGGAGGAAGAUGGAUCAUUCACCAGGGACUCAGUGGCACAAACUUUGAGGUUGGUGAUGAAAGAUGCAGAGGGUCAGAUUUACAGGGACAAAGCUAAGGAAAUGACCACCAUAUUUGGGGACAAGGAACUCCAACACCGAUACGUUGAUAAAUUUGUUGAGUUGCUGGAGAAACACAGGCAGAUCGUUACCAAGGGUUAGAAAGUACUGAUGGGAUUAAGGAAUAUUAAGGGUCAGGAUCGAGUUCUUUAACAUUGGUUUGGAAACGUUGUUGAAGAUGUUUUAAUUAACAAAAUACUCAUUGUGCGUGAUCAGCUGUGUGUCCCUCAUGUUGGUUAAAGUGAUAAAGUCGAAAAUAAUGGAGGUCGGAUCAUUCUCAUUGGAUGAUGUAAAUGCAAAUUUAACAGGGUGUUUGAUUAAUGUAAUCUUAAAAUGUAUUGCAUUGGAUUAUGCAAAUGUAAAAGGAGAUGAUUUUUUGCUACUAAGUUAGUGUUGUGUGUCAAAUUUGAUAGUUACUGUAACAUAGCAUAAAGAAAUAAAAAAAUAUUUUCUUUCU